AUGAGUUUGGAUACAAGCUACAUACCAAGGACCUAUGAGGAGGAAAUGAAAGAUAAAGAGUGGAGAGACUCAGUUGCGGAUGAGGCUGAUGCUAUGAUUAAGAAUGGAACCUGGUAUGAGAGUGAGCUGCCUAAAGGGAAGAAGGCAGUAUCAUGUAAAUGGAUAUUUACAAUCAAGUAUCUACCUGAUGGGACAAUUGAUAGGAAGAAGACAAGACUUGUGGCUAGAGGGUUUACUCAAACCUAUGGGGAAGAUUACAUUGAUACUUUUGCACUAGUGGCUAAGCUUCACACCAUCAGAAUCAUUUUGUCCAUUGCCACCAACCUUGGAUGGGACUUAUGA